GGAGAAUUCUGGGAAGAGGAAAGGCAGAGGCACGGUCACCAGCCAGAUGCAGAGGAAGUAAGAUGAGAAUGCCCCACUGAGAAUAGGUACCAAGCUGUGGCUAAACAUAGAAUCCCUGGAAUCAUUAGAUCUUCACAGCUCUCUAAGGACCCCACUCUGACUGAGGGCACAGAGCUGCUAACUUGAACCUUGAACCUCCUUUCCUAGGAUGUUCUUGUCUACCGGCCUAAGUUAACUGUCUCUGUGAUAUUUAUAUGCAGAUUUUUACCAGCUUGGAGGUGACAUGUGGCUUCUAACGACCCUGCUCCUUUGGGUUCCAGGCGGUGGACAAGUGGUCAGUGACAGGAAGGCUGUGAUCACCUUGCAGCCUCCGUGGGUCAGUAUUUUCCAGAAGGAAAAUGUCACUUUAUGGUGUGAGGGGCCCCACCCGCCUGGAGGCAGUUCCACAAAGUGGCUUCUGAACAACACGGUCCUUCAGGUCUCCACGCCUAGUUACAGGAUCACUGAGGCCACUUUCAAGGACAGUGGUGAAUACAGGUGCCAGACCGGUCUCUCAAUGCCAAGCGACCCUGUACAGUUGGAAAUCCACACAGAAUUGCUGCUACUCCAAGCCUCCCGCAGAGUCCUCACGGAAGGAGAACCUCUGGCCUUGCGAUGUCAUGGAUGGAAGAACAAGCUGGUGUACAAUGUGGUUUUCUAUCAAAAUGGAAAAUCCUUUAACUUUUCUCGAGGUUCUGAGGUCAAAAUUCUGAAAACCAACCUGAGUCACAAUGGCGUCUACCACUGCUCAGGAAUGGGAAGUAACCUCCGCUUCGAGUCUGCCGGAAUGGCUGUCACUGUGAAAGAGCUGUUUGCAGCUCCAGUGCUGAGAGCAUCCUUGUCUUCUCCCUUCCUGGAGGGGAGUCCGGUCACCCUGAGUUGUGAGACAAAGUUGCUCGUACAGAGUCCUGGCUUGCGGCUUUACUUCUCCUUCUACGUGGGUAGCAAGAUCCUGGAGGAUAGGAAUACAUCCUCAGAGUACCACAUACCAAGUGCCGGAAGCGAAGAUUCUGGGUUGUACUGGUGUGAGGUAGCCACAGAGGACGGCAGUGUCCUUAAGCACAGUCCUGAGCUGGAGCUUAGAACACUUGGUCACCAAUCGUCAUCUGCCCCUGACUGGUUUCACAUCCUUUUCUCUCUGGCAAUGGGAAUAAUGCUUUUGGUGGACACAGUUCUCUGUGUGAAAAUAUAUAAAAUGUUGCCAAGAAGGAAAAACUACAAUGUAGAAGUCUGUUUCGUUUCUGAUGAGGGGAAGAAAGAAACUUCCGCCUAGCAAGUUAGAAGCGAUGAUGUGUCUGAAGAAAGAGACCUUGCGAGACGGACCGCACCAAAAGAGGGCGCAGCUCAGUGGGCGACCAUGGACCUGGACAGCUGACUCCCUCCCUCCCUGUGCCAGCGCUGAGGCACAAACUUCCAAAAGAUAACUGACACUCAGACUGUGGGACCCUGGCACGUGGCGCUCAAAUAAAGCAAAUGUACAAACUGA